AAGAUCUCUGGCAGCAGUUCCUGGUGAAUGCGGAAUUGUUGUCUGCUGGCGGGUCGGACGUGCAGAAGAGAAGCACACACAUCUACAGGAAAUAAAGAACAGGCACUCUGACAGCAGCAUUCAGUGUGUACAGAUCUGUGGAGGCGCUCAACUUCACACCACAGAUAUACUUUGAGGACAAAAUUGUCUCCACAAGAUGAGUGUUGGUUUGAAUCCUGCUGCUGUUCCUUCACCUGUGGAGGAUAUUCAGGGUGAUGCCCGCUGGAUGUCUCAGCAUGAGCACUAUGUGCAGGACUGUAAGGAUGCAGAGCCAGACGUGUGGUUUAUUGGGGACUCAAUGAUUCAUCUGAUGCAACAACACGAGGUGUGGAAAGAUCUCUUCUCUCCUCUGCACGCGCUCAACUUUGGUUUGGCUGGAGACACGACCUGUAACGUUCUCUGGAGGAUCCAGAACGGAGAACUUCAGAACAUUCAGCCAAAGGUGGUGGUUUUGUGGGUUGGCACUAAUAAUCUCCAGCACACAGCAGAGCAGGUGGCAGGAGGGGUGAUGGCCAUCACAGAGUUCAUCAUGUCACAACUCCCUCACGCCAAAAUCAUCAUACUGGGUCUUCUGCCUCGUGGUGAAUAUCAGAACCCUUUACGUGAGAAGAACGCUGAGGUGAAUGUGUUACUGCGCUCACAUGUAUCGCUGCUCGACCAUGUUCACUUCCUGGAUCUCAGCUCUGAGUUCAUCCAAUCAGACGGAUCCAUUUCAAAACAAGACAUGUUUGAUUUCCUUCAUCUGACGGCCGCUGGAUAUCAAACUCUCGCCAAACCUCUGUACAACCUUCUGCUGGAGAUACUGGACGAAACCACUGCAGAAAACUGUUAGACAUGCAGAGACUUGUCAACAUGCUACAUGUUUAUUUGGUAUUUCAUUUCACAAAAUCAUCUUUCUCUUGAUUCAACUUUCAAAGGUGCUUAAUUGGUAUGAUUGCUAUAAACAUAAUAUUGCCAAAUCAUCAAUAACAGUCAGUGAGUAGGAGUUGGGUAAUGUGUGUAUAUGUUUGUGUGUGUGUGUGUGUGUGUGUGUGUGUGUGUGUGAUGUCAACUUCCCAAAAGUAUUUAAUGUCAACUACAGACAUCUGUCUCUCUCUUUCUCCAUAAAUUCUUGCAGUAACCCAUAAACAUAAGCAUAUCUCUGUCAAAUGUCUUUAUUACUUUAAAAAAUAUCAUAUAAGAGCUUUUGAAUGACAGAAAUGCUCUAGAAUCAGUAUUCAUCCAGAUCAUGAUGAUCAUGUGAAAUCAUAGCGUUCAUUUAUGAACAUUGUAUAUAUUUAUAUGAUGGAAAUGUUUAAUUAACCCUUAUGUUGUGUUUCGGUCAUUUUGACCUGGAUGACUUUACUUUUUUAUCUUUUUUAUCUUUUUUUGUUUUGCAUAAUCCAAUUGGAAUAAAAUUCCUUGACUUUGUUCACAUGUGGUAUCUGAAAACACACCAAGAAGAUUGACCAUUUUCUUUACAUUUCUUUGGUUUUAUUUCACUUUGUUACACUUGUUGUGUUCCCGGUCAGAAAUAACCGGCCAUUGAAAAUGAAUGGAUUAGACUACAAAAUACAGAAAUAUUAAGUGUUCAGGAGCAUCACAAUCCUUUAGAUGAGCACAUAUGUGGAUGUGUGUUUGCACACAUGUCCUCGUACAUGUGCACGCACACACACACUUGCACACUCACACAUACAGUCACGAGUUCGAAUCCAAGGCGUGCUGAGUGACUUGCUAGGGAGGGUAGAGUCACAUGGGGUAACCUCCUCGUGGUCGUGAUUAGUGGUUCUCGCUCUCAAUGGGGCGUGUGGUAAGUUGUGUGUGGAUCGUGGAGAGUAGCAUGAGCCUCCACAUGCUGUGAGUCUCCGCGGUGUCAUGCACAACGAGUCACGUGAUAAGAUGCACGGAUUGACGGUCUCAGAAGCGGAGGCAACUGAGACUUGUCCUCCACCACACGGAUUGAGGUGAGUAACCGCGCCACCACGAGGACUUACUAAGUAGUGGGAAUUGGGGAGGGAAAAGGGGAUAAAAAAAAGAUUUCCUAUAUGUUGUGUUUGGGCUUGUUUGAAUCGGGAUAGUCUGCUGUAAGUUACGAUAUGUCAUUGUCUAUGUUAUAUGUAUGUUUCAGGAAGUAAUAAGGAAAAAUGUGACCAAAAAAAAAAUACUCCUGUUUAUUAUAUUUGUGUGUGUCUGUGAAUUUCAUGCACUAAAACUCACUACAGUUUGAUCUCUGAGUGAAACACAUUUAAUCAUUGCAUUUUACUAAUUGAGACCUUUCCAACGAUAUACAACACAUGACUAUUUCAACUUUUUAUGUUUUUACCAACUGUGAAUAUAACUGUUGUGAUAAUAAAUUGGCAAAUUAUGAGGACAAAACAA